AACUUCAUCUGCCCCAGCAGAUGAGCAGCGCGUCAUCAACUCUGCACGCACUUCAAAGCUCUGCGGCAGGUGAGCAGCACAGCACAACCCAUCAACAUCACCAAAUAUAUACCUCAACGCAAUUGGAUGACAAGUCUAAAGUGCAAAAGUAUGAUGAAUACUCGAAUGGCUUAGUGAGGGGACUGCCCACACCUGCCUUACAGGAAUCGCCUCCCAUUCUACCUGGAAACAGUUUUCUGACUCAUUCGCAGGGAAAUGUUGAAUGGAUGACAGCCAUGAAUGAUGCUCAAAAUACUGCAGAAGAUUCGCACAGCUCGCAAGGCAGCAUUUCAGGCGACGGUCAUGGAGGCGUCAAUCAGCUGGGAGGCGUGUUCGUUAACGGUCGCCCCCUACCCGAUGUGGUCCGUCAGCGAAUCGUGGAGCUGGCCCACAACGGCGUUCGGCCCUGCGAUAUAUCGCGGCAGCUGCGUGUGAGCCACGGCUGCGUCUCAAAGAUACUGUCCAGGUACUACGAAACUGGUAGCUUUAAAGCAGGAGUCAUAGGCGGCUCGAAGCCGAAGGUCGCGACACCUCCAGUCGUUGAUGCGAUCGCCAACUACAAACGGGAAAACCCGACAAUGUUCGCCUGGGAGAUACGAGAUCGAUUGCUGGCAGAAGGCAUAUGUUCACAAGAUAAUGUACCCAGCGUAUCAUCCAUAAAUCGAAUUGUUCGUAACAAGGCAGCUGAGAAGGCAAAACAUGUGCAUCACAAUCAUCAUCAGCAGCAGCAGCAGCAGCAGCAGCAGCAGCAGCAGCAGCAGCAAAUGCAGCCCAGCUUAAGUAAUGGACAUAUCGCAACUGAAAGUCUUGAUAGCAGCAACGGCGCAAUUAGCGAACAGCAAGCUGUCAUUACUAACAACAACAACAACAACAACAACAACUCAAACAGCAAUAACACGAACAACAGCACAACUUCGGUCGUAUCGGGUACAGGUACAGUUACUGGCCUAGGUACAGUGGCAGGCAUAGGUACAGGUACAGGUACAGAAACAGUGACAGGCAGCGCCAGCAGCGGCGCCAGCGGUAACAACAGCAUUACAACGGCAGCGGCAGCUACAACAACAGAGCAGCGAUCGUCUGGUUCAGGAUACAGUAUAAAUGGGAUAUUGGGCCUACAGCAUGCUCAUCAUAUACAUAACAACAACAACAACAACAAUAACAGCACAAAUAACAACAACACGUCAGAUGCAAAUUGCAAACGCAAGCGAAAUGAUAUUCAUGAUGAGAACCGCGAUGUGAACAUGAAUUCCGAAGAGGAAGGCAAGCGACAGCGAUUAGCUUACGGCGGUGACCAAAUAUAUACAAAUAUCUGGUCUGGUAAAUGGUGUAUCAAGGAUGAGCAUAAGUUGCUCUCGGAGCUGGGAAACUUUACAGGCUCAGCGACGACGACGACGAGUGGAAGUGGACCUGCUUACUACGAAACGCCAAAUGGAUAUCCGACUAGCACAAUACCCUGUGCGGGUGUUGGCAACGACUCGACCAUGAUGUACGAUAGCAUCGCAUCGAUGUCCCAAAGUCAAAGUACGUUAUAUACGCCGCCGAUUGGACCAUCUAUAGGCAGCAGUUCAUUGACGCCGCUAGUGCCCUUAAGUUUGCAAGACAUGAAAUUCAAUGUGGCUAAUCAGGAACCAAACAUAUCGCCUUUUUAUACAGCAAUUGCCAUUGAAAGCGGCAGCAACUAUCCCACAAUAACGAGCUUGGAUAAUGCCAACACGACGGCGGUGAUACGCGCUAAUGUUGCUAGCCGAAGCAACUGUAAUGAUUCGCCCACUACCACUAAUGCUAAUGCCAAUGCCAAUGCCAAUGCCAAUGACAAUGCCAAUGCCAAUGCCAAUGCUAGUGCUAGUGUUAGAGCUAGUGCUAAUGAGCAUCAUAAUGUAGAUAGUGUUCUUGAUACUGUUCAUGAUGUGAGCAGUGAUGAGAACGCCAACAAUAAAAGUGCACGCAUUGAUAUGAGCAAACAGCGCGGGAUCAAUCAUAUCGACUUACACAUACCCAUUAAUCAUCUAAUGCCCGACUCAUCAACAGUCCAGGAUCAUCAUCAUCAUCAGCAGCAGCAGCAGCUGUCAGGCAAUGGAAACGCUAAUACCUCAUCUCUAAUAGUCUUACAAGCCAAUGCAAAUAGCUCAACGGUCGACGGACGCUCUGAUGUUGAUUAUAUUGCUGCCAAUAGCACAGCUAUUUAUGCCACGCCCACAAUGCUUCCCAGUUUUAGCCACUACUCAGCAGCAUGUGGCUCAGUAGUACCAAGCGCCGAUUACGCCUAUAGUCCGGCUUAUACACAAUAUGGGGGAACUUAUGGAUCAUACAGCUACGGAACUAGCAGUGGCCUAAUAAAUUCAUCGUACUACUAUGAAGCCGGUCAGAAUCAGGCGUCCCUCAAUCAAGACUUACGCUCGCCUUUAGCUGCAACUAGGGCCAAUUCUUUGGUCUCAGCAGCAUCGCCAACUGGCAGUGCAUGCACGAAAUCGGAGACAUCAGAUAUAUUUCUUGUGUAGUAGUACCGAAAGAUCGAAAUCUAGAGAAUCCUUUAGUUGUAAUAAUUGUUC